GCAACUCGUCAAGCCUCUCACCCUGCCCCUAGACCGAAGGACAGUUCAUCAUGUCUCAAACCGCGGCUCUCGACAACGAGGCCAUUGCCAAGGCCCACGUGCCCCAGGCUACCGUUCAGGGCACUGAACAGGAGCUUCACAACGCCAAGGGCUCCAUCGACAUCACUCGUGCCGUGACCAACACGUACGAUGAGGAGCCCCUCGGCAAGUACGAGGAUGAUCCCACCGAAGAGGACCUGCACACCCUCCGCCGUGUCUCUGGUGGCAUCCAGUGGUCCAUGUACACCAUCGCUUUCGCCGAGCUUUGCGAGCGAUUCUCGUACUACGGAUCUGCUGUCCUGUACACCAACUUUGUCAACCGUCCUCUCCCCCCCGGUUCGACCACCGGCGCCCCUGCCGACCCCAAUGGCAGCAUCAUUCCUGGCGCCCUCGGCAUGGGCCCCAAGGCUGCUCAGGGUAUCAACCUGUUCAACCAGUUCUUCGCCUACCUGAUGCCUCUGUUUGGUGCCUGGUUGGCCGAUGCCAAGCUUGGUCGUUACAAGACGAUUCACAUCGCCAUCGUCGUCUCUACCAUUGCGCACGUCAUUCUCGUCGCUGCCGCCGCGCCUGGUGUCCUGACGGCCGGCAACAAGGGCGGUUUCGGUGCCUUCAUCAUCGGUCUCCUUCUGCUCUGCACUGGUACCGGUCUUUUCAAGGCUAACAUUUCUCCCCUGCUGGCUGAGCAGAACCGCGACACCCGCAUGCGCGUCGAGGUCCAGAACGGUGAGCGCGUCCUUGUCGACCCCUCGAUCACCAACUCGCGUGUCUUCCUGUGGUUCUACUUCGCCAUCAACAUUGGAGCCACCGUCGGUCAGGUCUGCAUGGUCUUCGUCGAGAAGUACCACAGCUUCUGGCUGGCCUUCUUCCUGCCCACCGUUCUCUUCCUCCUCUGUCCCCUGGUUCUUGCUCUCAACAAGAAGCACUACCAUCUCACUCCUCCUACCGGCUCCGUCCUCCAGAAGUUCCUCCAGAUGUUCGGCUUCGCCAAGAAGCGCUCCACUGGUGCUUUCGCCGUCAACUGGGAGGCUGCCAAGCCCUCCAACGUGCCCGUUGCUGAGCGCCCCGGCUGGAUGACCUACGAUGACGCCUGGGUCGACGAGGUCAAGCGUGGUCUGAUGGCCUGCAAGGUCUUCCUCUUCCUGCCCAUCUUCUUCCUCGCCUACAACCAGAUGACCGGCAACCUCACCACCCAAGCCGGCACCAUGGAGCUCCACGGCGCCCCCAACGAUGUUAUCCAGAACCUCAACCCCCUGUCGAUCAUCAUCAUGGUCCCCAUCAUGGACAAGUUCGCCACCGCCUCCAUGGUCGCCGCCUGUGUCAUGCAGUACUUCAUUUACGAGAAGUCCCCCUGCGGCUGGAACGCCAACACGUGCGCCGAGGAGGGCGAGGUUGCCCCCAUCAACGUCUGGGCCCAGUCUCUUCCCUACGUGCUCGUCGGUAUCGCUGAGAUUUUCACCAACGUCUCCUCGUACGAGUACGCGUUCGCCAAGGCUCCCGAGAACAUGAAGUCGCUCGUCAUGUCCGUCAACCUGUUCAUGUCGGCCAUCUCUGCCGCUCUCGGCCAGGCCUUCACCCCCAUCUCGGGCGACCCCUACCUCGUCUGGAACUACGCUGCCGUCUCUGGUAUCUCGUUCAUCGGUGGUAUCGCCUUCUGGCUCUGCUUCCGCCACCUGGACAGCCAGGAGGACAAGCUCAACAUGCUCCAGAAGACCGAGUUCCUCGGCACCGUCCAGCCCAACGCUCGCCACGAGCAAGAGGAGGUUGCCGAGACCAAGGUCUGA